AUGAGGGACGCCGAGCAAGCAUUCGGUGGAGAAGCAUCGAGCAGCCGCCGCCGGAAACGGCAACGACAUACCUCCACUGUCGACGGUAAUGAAGUGAUAACAACGGAGGAACGCUCAGGGAUGCUGUUCGAACUAGAUCUUCUCGACUGUCCUAUUUGCUGCCAUCCACUAACGACUCCGAUCUUUCAGGUCUCGUUUCUUACCUCACGACUGUUGAAAUUUUGUGGAUCCAACUCUGAUUUUUCUUAUUAG